AUGCAGCAUUGCAGCCAGCGAGACAGGCGAGGAGGGUCCAGUGUACGAGGUACUGACGCUGUUCGGAAGCACAAUGCAAGUGAUUGUCGACGAGGCGGCGUGACAGGGCGUGAUCGGAGGAAGGAAGCUGCAAUUUGCGGGGAAGCCGAUAAGAAGGACAGCAGGCCAAGUGCCUCUUUUCUCAGCGUGGACAAAGUUCGCACCGACAAGUCGGUUGCGCCGACCGAAGGUGGUCACGACCGCUUUUCGGCAGCGAUGUCCGAAACGGCUACAAGGCACGGGCCAGACAAAACCUCUCGGACCAGUUGUCUGAACAGCCAGAUUCGAGAUGCCAUGGAAAAGUCUCAGGGUGCGGAAUUUGCUCGACAGCGGCAACAAGGCUACGAACGGCAAAGCGAGGCCGAAUUUUCGGGCGGUGGUGGGCGAUAA